AUGUUUGCCCGAAAAGCGAAAUCAUCGGAUUUGAUGGGGAGUUUGCAACGAUUUACGGAUAUGACGAGAGACAGCGUUAGUCGAGUGAAACAUCUCAAAAUUCUUUUGGACUCGCUCUCGCCUCAAGAAAAACGCCAAUUAAUAGAAGAUCAUAGCUUUGAAACUUUCCACCUAGUGGAUGAGCUACUUUUGUUAGCUGAUAACGUUGCAAAUCCUCAAGGCGCCGUAGAAGGAGAAAGUGGUUUGUGGACACUUGAACAAAUUCUCUGUUUUGCCCCAGAACUUGUUGGAAACGGUGGAGCCUCAGUAUAUAUGGAAAGGCAGGCACUCAUCGUUCACUUACUCAUUUUCGAAGCACUGUUACUAGCAGUGGGGAGAUUUAGGCCACAGAGGAUCUGGACCGAGUUUUUCAAUGCCUUUUACCGGACUGUUCAUUGGUCCGAUCGUAGUCUGGGGUCACCCACAAUGCCUGGCGGACCAUUGAGCGCCAAAGAGAAAGCACAAAAGCUUCAGGUGUAUCUGGAUAAGUUCCUUGGUUACUGUACUCAUGAGACAUCGAGGAUUGAAUGGAGUGAUGAGAAAAAACGGUUCCAAUGCGCUAGCUUCAUUAUCGAUAGGGUAAACAAUCUAUACAUUGCUGAAUGCUUCUCGGAUCUGGAAACCAAUGGAGUAGAUAUCUUUGGAGGCUGGGAAGGUGCAGAUGACACUAUAGAAGCUCUUGAAACAGCAGAUCCCAUAGUGAUUGCCAGGUACUGGUUAAUUCGUUGGGUAAAUAAUUUGGCAGCAGUUCAACAGCUACCAAUAGAACAACGCCAUGUUGGAGUGCUGCUAUACCACGAUGCGUUGUUUGCCUCUCAUAAAGCGACCAACAUGGCGCUGAGUCUAAUGAGAGAGGCCAUGACUCUUCCUUUGGCAUGCAGUAACGUUAUACAAAAAGUUGUGGCAACGCUUUCGGCUUGGUUGUUGCAAUAUGAAAUCCCGCCAUUUGUAGCCAGCAAUGAGGUGCCAGUAGAGACCUCGUCAUUGCUUUUGAUCAACAUGCUAUUGUCGUUCUUUCAAUCGCCAUACCUACUCCAACCGGGCGAUCGUCUUCAAUCAGCAGUCACAACCUCUUAUUCAAUACUUCGCGCUUGUCGUGACCUUGCAUCUCAACGACUCAAUCUUCCCCGACCGCUGUCUGUCCGAGUUGAUGUACCGUCUAUGUCAGUCAGCGGCAAAAGUAUGCUCUCACUCAGACAAAUAUUCUCAAGAAAUGUCAUCGGCAUUCGCAAUGACUGUACUAUCCAAUAUGGUCGUGAUAAAGGAGGGACAGCUGUGCGCCAUAGCGACGUUGAUGACAAACUUUGGGAUGAGGUCAACAACGUUUUUCUUCACGGAAUUUGGAUUCAAAUGGCUCAGCAGUGGUCUCGAAUUUCUAACAGCGUUACUCGAGCCUUAAUACUUCAUCUUGCUCAUGUGGAUAUCUUCUCCCAAGAAGAGUUGGACAAAGCUAACCAAUGUUUUGUGUCUCUGAAGAAGACCGAAAUGAAUUCAGAAAAUGAAGGAGGCGAAGAUAAUUCGGUUGACACGGAUUCUGAUGAAAACAGCGCAUUUUUAGAGAGUGACGAUAUCACCAGUGCCGUACCGACAUGGAAUGGAAACCCCACGGUAUGGCUACAAGUAUGGCGCCGCUUCAUGUGUGUUUUAGGUCCUCACAGCGUCAGCUCAGCUAAUGCUUUAAUUGCAGUAGAAACAUUAUCCAAUACCAUAAAUCAUCUGCUUUCGGUAUGUUUUUAAUC